ACAUGAAAUGAUAAGACCCAGGGGAUUACAAGGAAUGUUCCUACGAGAGUUUGCCUCCUUAACCAGAACAAAACUGAGCUGCUCCAGACCGUCUUGAAGACUCUGCUUCUGUUCGCUGCUCUUCCCUCAGCAUGAAGAGCAUUGCACAACUCUGUUCAGCAGCGCUGCCAUGGCUGCUCUUCCUUCUCGCUCGCCCAGGGUUUUGUUACCAAAGAGUUCAUUGCCAGUGGGGGCCUUACGGUGAAUGGUCAGAAUGUGACGGCUGCACCAGAUUAAUGACCAGGAGCCGGGCGAUGGCUGUCUACGCUCAGUUUGGAGGGAACCCCUGCGGCGGGGGGCGGACCGAGACCAGGCCCUGUGAAAUCACACAAGGCUGCCCUCUAGACGACGGGUGUGGAGACAGGUUUCGCUGUCGGUCAGGGAAGUGCAUCAGCAAGUCUCUGGUGUGCAACGGAGAUCAGGACUGCGAGGAGGACGGACACGACGAACGUGACUGUGAUAUGGACAAACACGUUGUGUGUCAAAAGUCGGUUCCCCCGCCCAACAUCGAACAGCUCGGACGCGGGUUUGAUGUGGUGUCAGGGCAGCGGAGGGGCCCUGUCAUCAACACAAAGAGCUUCGGCGGACAGUGCCGCGUCAUCUACAGCGGCGUCCACGGUGCUCUCUACCGACUGCCGCUGAGCACUACCCAGUUCAGCUUCAUGGUUAAAGCUCAGAGUGACUUCUCGGAUGAGAUGUACACCAGUAAAUGGCAAUAUGCGAAGGACAUUGUCAACAGAGCGACAGUGACCGGGACCACGACAGGAUAUGACAACUAUGAUUUUCACGAGACACAAUUACAGACCCAGACCCACAAGCUAUUGGUUCUGAAGAGUGACAUAGAGGUAGCUCAGUUCCAGAGCAACUCUCCUCAGUACCUCCCGUUGUCUGAGGAGUUCUGGAAGGCACUGGUUAAACUCCCAUCGGUCUACGACUAUGCCGCCUAUAGGAAGGUUCUGCAGAUGUUUGGAACACACUACCUGUCGGAAGGAAGCCUUGGAGGCUCCUUGGAGAUCAUCGCCAAGAUUGAUGAGGAAACUCAAAGACAGAUGGUCAACACACUACAUGACUAUAACGAAUGUGAAAGGACUAAACGUUGGAUUCUUAUAUUCCCCAUUUAUCAUGUGAAAUGCAAGAGUGGUAAACAUGGGACGGGAACACACUCAGAUACUUCCACCAGCAAUUCUGUGAAUAAAGUGAACGUGCUUGGAGGAGGCAUCCAACAUAUCGCAGCACUGAAGGGCAUGCAGCUCUCUAAUCCCGAAAGGAACUGGGAAAUGUUCUCAAACUGGGCUGAGUCUGUUCGAACAUUUCCUGACGUCACAAAACAAACGCUGCGGCCGGUGUCAGAGCUGGUGAAAGAGGUUCAGUGUGCUGGGGUGAAGAGACUCUACCUUCGCAAGGCCAUAGAGCAGUACCUCGCAGAGAGCGACACCUGCCAUUGCCGGCCCUGCAGCAACAAUGGCCUGGUUGUCAUGGCUGGAGAUGAAUGCAAAUGCAUCUGUAAGCCUGGCACAUCAGGACUGGCCUGUGAGCACGGAAUCCAAGUUCAGGGUCAGCAGGGAGUGAUCGACGGCAGUUGGACCUGCUGGUCCGCCUGGUCAUCGUGCUCUGGGGGUCGAAGGUCAAGGAGACGUACUUGCUCUAAUCCCAGUCCUCGGAACGGGGGCCAAAACUGUAUCGGAGAACCCACUGAGGCGUCUGACUGUGAAGACCAAAACCUGCAGUACCUAAAAACCAUGGAGCCUCAGUGCUUCGACCAAACUCUCCCAGCAAGUCAGAUGUGUGGAGACCCACCUGUUCUAAUCAACGGCUACAUCCGGGUACCUCUGGACAUUUACAUUGUGGGUAGUAGGGUUGAGUACACCUGCACAGACAGAUUUUAUCUCGUUGGUACCAGCAUCCUGGAAUGCACUGCUAAUCAAACCUGGUCUUCCAGCCCUGGACUUUGCACAGUCUCCAGGUGCUCCGUUCUGUCCCUCUCUGAAGACGUCAUAGCCUCUCCUUCACAGCAGAACUAUGGCAUAGGGCAGACAGUCACCUUGUCCUGCCCAGAAGGUAGACAGCUACUGGGGGAACCGACGAUUAUAUGUGACUCCAGUCUGCAUUUUUCCCCAGACCCUUCAGACAUCAAAUGCAGCCCAGUCACUACACCCAAAGUAGACACCUCUCUAACAGCUGAGCUGCAAUGUGAACCGUGGGAGAAGUUUCACAAAGGAAAAUGCGUUUGCAAAAUGCCUUUUGAGUGCAGCUCAUCUGUGGAGGUGUGCGCCACCAGUCCAGUGAGUAGAAAGUCAGUCCUUCUGAAUGUCUGCAAAAUGCAUGCCCUGCAGUGCAUGGGGAGCAUCCAUACCAUAGCAGAGGACAGCGCAUGCACGUGGCUCAAGCUCAGCACAACAGGCUGCACAAACUGCCACAUGUGGGAGACCUGUGACGAUCAAACAAACACGUGUCGCUGCAAGGACUCAGCAGAUUGCUUGAACCCAGGCAUUAAUGUGUGUGUAAAAGUCGGGGAGACUGUAACCCCAGUGACUCAGAACAUGAGCGAGUGUGAAACAGGACUACGCCGAUGUAAGGGAGAAAAGGUGUCAGUCGUCAGUAUCCAGCCUUGUACUGCUGAAGAUGCGGGAUUGACCGUAUGACUUCCCUUACAUAUUCAUUCUCCAUAACACUCUCCUCGUAAGGCGGCGCGGUGGUGUGGGGGUUAAGACUGUCGUUUCCAUGUCCCAUAGUCCAAAGGCAUGAAGUAGAGGUAGAAUGGUCUCUCUGAAACUCCCUGUGAAUGCCAGAUUGAAUGCUUGUCUCUCUCCAUAUCAGCCCCAGGAUACGCUAUAUAGAUCAUGAUAUUUCUUCAGUGAAUUUGUAUUUCAUUGUAUGUAACUGCACCUAAUUGAUGGUUAUGUAUAAAACCAUAGUGUAAAAGUGUAUCACAGCAAGGAAUAAAUGGAAAAAUUGUAAAUGGA